CCUCACUUCUUCCGGUUUUGUCCCCGCCUAUAGCUCCAUUCCCUUCCGGUGUAUGGAGGCAGAAUAGACGGGGCCGCUUAGAAGGCCUGUGUCUUGCAUAGGUUUCUGUGGGGGCUUAGUAGGGGACUUUUGCCCACCGCAGUCCGGGACACACUGCGGUCCUAGUGCUUGCAGAUCGCAUAUCAUCAGCUUAACAGAAGAGGAUAGCAGAGAAAGCAACUUUGACAGUGGUUUUUUCACAGAUCUCCCCGCCAUGUCUCCGGAGCGGCUGUUGCAUACAAGCUGCGGCUGAGAUCGCUGAUUACUUGCGUAUUUUUUAAGCCCACACGGCGUGAAGAGCUGUUGUUUGAGUUUCACCCACUGGUCCUCUUCCCCUUCCUCUUCUACCCCGGGGUAACUGCGCUGUUUGGUGAUCUGGUGGUAACAGAGGACGGGGGAGGUUUAUGUACUCUGAUUGUUUUAUUGAAACGCUGUCUGAAUAAUUAUCCUUUUGUUCACCUUUCAUAUGGUUCAUUUUUCAUAUCCAGAACCAGUCAACGUGUUUUACUUUAUUCAAGCACAACAGCAUUAUUUAUACUAGUCUGUUUUUUUUAAUUUGAAGUGUUUUUCUUUUAACCUUAAUUCAAAAUUCAUUAUUAUUGUUCAGAGACUUGCUCACCCCUGCAUCAGCUGCACAUUUUUGAUCACUAUUAAAUAUAAGCACUGUCCAAAAUGCCAACAGUACAGCUAGAGAACAGUCAGUUGGUGGUAUCUGGGGGGCCCACGUCUGUACCUCAGCCCCCUCCACCUGGGACUGUAGUACCUUCAGCUGCUAGUCAUGGAUACCGGCUCAGCACCCUUAUUGAAUUUUUACUUCAGCGGACUUAUCAAGAACUCAACGUACUGGCUGAUUUACUUCCAAGGAAGAGUGACAUGGAAAGGAAGAUUGAAAUAGUGCAGUUUGCCAGCCGAACUCGGCAACUCUUUGUCAGAUUAUUGGCACUAGUGAAAUGGGCCAACAAUGCCGGGAAAGUUGAAAAAUGUGCGAUGAUAUCCAAUUUCUUAGAUCAACAAACCAUAUUAUUUGUGGACACAGCUGAUCGACUGGCAUCAUUAGCAAGAGAUGCACUUGUCCAUGCUCGGUUACCUAGUUUUGCAAUUCCUUAUGCCAUUGAUGUUCUUACAACGGGAUCUUACCCAAGGCUACCAACUUGUAUUCGGGAUAAAAUAAUUCCUCCAGAUCCCAUAACAAAAAGUGAAAAGCAAGCUACACUUCAGCAGCUCAAUCAGAUUCUCAGGCAUCGAUUAGUAACUACAGAUCUUCCCCCACAACUAGCGAAUCUCACUGUUGCCAAUGGGCGUGUAAAGUUUCGUGUUGAAGGGGAAUUUGAAGCAACAUUAACUGUGAUGGGCGAUGACCCUGAUAUCCCUUGGAGAUUACUAAAAUUGGAAAUACUUGUAGAAGAUAAGGAAACUGGAGAUGGCCGUGCAUUAGUUCACAGCAUGCAGAUCAACUUCAUCCACCAGCUUGUUCAGUCAAGACUUUUUGCUGAUGAAAAACCACUUCAGGACAUGUACAACUGUUUACAUUCCUUUUGCCUGUCACUUCAGUUAGAAGUCCUUCAUUCACAGACAUUAAUGCUGAUCAGAGAACGUUGGGGAGAUCUUGUCCAAGUCGAUCGAUAUCUUGCUGGAAAAUUCCUUACACUUACUGUCUGGAACCAACAAGUUUUAGGCAGAAAAACUGGAACUGCCUCCGUCCAUAAAGUCACAAUCAAGAUUGAUGAAAAUGAUUGCUCAAAACCUCUGCAGAUUUCACAUGAGCCUCCUUUGCCUGCUUGUGAUUCUAAAUUAAUGGAAAGAGCUAUGCGGAUUGACCAUCUGUCAAUAGAAAAACUGCUAAUAGACAGUGUUCAUGCAAGGUCACACCAGAAACUCCAGGAACUGAAGACCAUCCUGAAAAGUUCCAACCCCAAUGACAACUCUUUUGUCGAAACUGCUCUUCCAACCCUAGUAAUUCCCAUCUUGGAGCCUUGUGGCCGAUCUGAGUGUCUUCAUGUAUUUGUAGAUCUUCAUUCUGGAAUGUUCCAACUAAUGAUGUACGGUUUUGAUCAGACUACCUUAGAUGAUAUGGAGAAAUCUAUAAAUGAUGAUAUGAAGAGGAUAAUUCCUUGGCUUCAGCAGCUUAAGUUUUGGCUUGGGAAACAGCGCUGUAGACACUCUGUAAAACAUUUGCCAACAGUGUGUAGUGAAACGCUACAUUUAACAAACUAUGCGACUCAUCCAAUCAGUAAUCUUUCCAGGCAUACGCUAUAUAUAAAACUCACCCGUCUUCCACAGUACUACAUUGUUGUUGAGAUGUUUGAGGUCCUUGGCAGCCCGACUGAGUUGGAAUAUGCCUAUCACUUUCUGUCCGUUAAUCACACAGAAGGCGAGGACAACCCUCCAACUGCUCUUGUGCUUCAGAAAUUCAAGCCAAAUGUUGAAGAGCUUGCAGUAGAUGGAGCAUGUCGGAAGCAGGGAAAAGCCGGAAGUAAGCGCAAGCUCUCUGGAGAACAAGGCUCUCCAGAAGCCAAGAAGCCAAAGCGCACAGGGGAGAUCUGUGCAUUCAACAAAAUCCUUGCUCACUUUGUAGCCAUGUGUGAUUCAAACAUGCCUUUUAUUUGCCUUCGGAUGGAGCUAUCCAACAUGUAUAUCCCGCACCAAGGUGUUCAGAUAGAAGGCGAUGGUUUCAGUCAUGCAAUCCGAUUAUUAAGGGUUCCUCCAUGUAAAGGCACAAGUGAAGAGACCCAGAAGGCACUUGAGCAGUCACUUCUUGAUUGCACUUUUCGUCUACAAGGAAGGAAUAAUCGUACAUGGGUAGCUGAGCUGGUGUUUGCAAACUGCCCUUUAAACAGCACUGCAUCUAGGGAGCAAGGUCCUACACGACAUGUUAACCUGACAUAUGAAAACCCACUCUCUGAGCCCGUAGGUGGACGAAAAGUUGUAGAAAUGUUUCUGAACGACUGGAAUAGUAUUGCACGUCUUUAUGACUGUGUAUUGGAAUUUUCACAGAGUUUACAAGACAUACCAGCUCACUUAAACAUGUUCUGUGAAGUCCGUGUCUAUAAUUAUCGCAAACUUAUUCUGUGUUAUGGACCCACAAAAGGAAGCUCGAUCAGCAUUCAGUGGAAUUCUAUUCACCAUAAGUUUCACAUUUCACUUGGCACUGUUGGGCCUAAUUCGGGGUGCAGCAACUGUCACAAUAUUAUUCUUCAUCAGCUGCAGGAAAUGUUCAACAAAUUCCCAAAUGUGGUGCAGUUAUUGCAGGUAUUAUAUGACACUCAAGCUCCUUUGACUUCUAUCAACAAACUUCCAACUGUGCCAAUGCUGGGACUCACUCAGCGAAUAAACACAGCAUAUCAGUGCUUUUCCAUCCUUCCUCAAUCUCCCACACACAUCCGGCUGGCAUUCCGAAACAUGUAUUGCAUAGAUAUUUAUUGUAGAAGUCGGGGUGUUGUAGCCAUACGCGAUGGAGCCUAUAGUCUCUUUGACAACAGCAAAAUAGUUGAGGGUUUUUAUCCUGCUCCUGGACUGAAGACUUUCCUAAAUAUGUUUGUUGAUAGUAAUCAGGAUGCACGUCGUCGAUCAGUCAAUGAAGAUGACAAUCCUCCAUCUCCUAUUGGAGGUGAUAUGAUGGACUCCUUGUUAUCCCAGUUGCAACCGCAAGGGCAGCAAACACAGCAGUUUACAAAGCAAAUGGGAGCAUCAGGGGCUUAUCCGCUAACUUCGCCACCUUCUUCAUACCACAAUACAGUUACACCAUCUCCAUCUAUGUUGCACUCUCAGUCUCCAGGGAAUCUGCAAAGUUCACCUAGUGGGGCACUCAGAGCGCCUUCUCCUGCAUCCUUUGGCCCUACUCCUUCUCCGUCGUCUCUUGGAAUUUCAAUGGUUCCAAACUCUAACUUUGCAAGUCCACAUGGUGCACUAGACCCUAGUUCUCCGUACACCAUGAUGUCACCCAGCCAGCGUGCAGGAAAUUGGCCAGGGUCCCCUCAAGUAUCUGGUCCCUCUCCAGCAGCUCGUAUGCCUGGAAUGUCACCAGCAAAUCCAUCUCUUCAUUCUCCUGUCCCUGACGCGUCUCACUCCCCUCGUGCUGGAACAAGUAAUCAGUCAAUGCCCACAAAUAUGCCUCCUCCACGUAAGCUACCUCAGAGAUCGUGGGCCGCAUCAAUCCCUACAAUACUCACUCACAGUGCCUUGCAUGUGCUUUUGCUGCCUUCUCCUACACCUGGUUUAGCCCCGGCACUGGCAGGCAGCUACCUGUGUUCCCCUCUGGAAAGGUUCUUGGGAUCUGUUAACAUGAGACGGCACCUGCAGAGGAUCAUUCAGCAGGAAACGCUGCAGUUAAUAAAUUCCAAUGAACCAGGGGUGAUCAUGUUCAAGACAGAUGUAUUGAAGUGUCGUGUGGCUCUUAACCCAACUACCAACCAAACUUUGCAACUAAAAGUUACACCUGAGAAUGCUGGACAGUGGAAACCAGAAGAACUUCAGGUUCUGGAGAGAUUCUUUGAGACCAGGGUUGCAGGACCUCCUUUCAAGGCAAAUACUUUGAUAGCCUUCACCAAAUUAUUAGGAGCACCUGCACAUAUCCUCAGAGACUGUGUACAUAUAAUGAAGCUAGAACUGUUUCCAGAUCAAACAACCCAACUGAAAUGGAAUGUACAGUUCUGCUUAACCAUCCCACCCAGUGCACCCCCAAUAGCUCCAUCUGGAACACCUGCUGUAGUACUGAAAUCUAAAAUGUUGUUUUUUCUUCAGCUAACUCAAAAGAAUUCAGCACCAACCGAUGCUGUCAGUAUUAUUGUGCCUAUUAUUUAUGAUAUGGCAUCAGGGACCACCCAGCAGGCAGAAAUUCCUCGUCAGCAGAACUCUUCGGUACCAGCUCCCAUAACAGUUAGCAACAUUCUGAAAAGGUUUGCUGAGAUGAAUCCACCUCGGCCAGGUGAAUGUACAAUAUUUGCUGCUGUACGCGAUUUAAUGGCUAAUCUGACGUUGCCACCCGGCGCUCGUUCCUGAACACUAUUUUACAGUUUGCAAAGUUUUUUUCUUCAGACUAUAAAUAUGGAUGAACAAGAGACAAUUUGCCUUUGGAUAUUUUUAUUUAAAAGAAAAAGCUGGUGGAUAUUUUUUCAGAUGCACUUCAUCUAUAUAAAUUAUAUAUAUAUAUAUAAAUUGUUCAAAAACACAUUUUUUUUGUAUAGUUCUCUUGUUGUAUAGUGUGUUUUAUUACAAACACAUUUCAAGCAAAUUUGAAGACUUGCAAAUAUCCAUUUUCAAAGGAGCAGAUUUAAUAUUCUGUUUUAUACUAAAAGGAUUAUUAAAAUGCCAAACUGUUUUGUUUAUGUAAAUGGUGUAAGUUUUUUUUUUUUUUAAAGAAUAAUCUGUCAUUUUGAAUACUGUAAAACUGACAAACUUCAUAAUGAAACUGUAUUUUAAUAUGACUGCUUCAAAUUCUAACAUGAACGUGUUGUAGGCAUGUGUUGAACAUGUCCUAAAAAGCAAUAUUUAAUAAACUAGGUAAAGAUAUGGUGUUUUAUGGCCAUAUAAUGGGGGAUACUACUAUCCCAUUUUUGCUAACCAAAUGAAAAUCUUUCUAUGGCAAUCCAAAUUACUAGUAAAUUCAGGCCUGUAUUGCAUGCACCAAUGAAAUGGAUAUUACACUGUGAGAAAGCUGCAUGAGGUUUUCCUGAAGAAAUCUCGCCCUCUGUGAGUGAAAGUUUAAGCCACCAUCAAGAUUGUCCUGAAUGUUCAAUGCAAAAGAGAAGCUCUUUUCAGAGGUACACCGUAUCUUUGGUGUGUUACAACCUUUAAUUUAGUAGGAAUUUUUAACAUUAAAUUUGCAACUCUGAAGUUGCAGAAGUACUUUUUUGCUUCAAGGUACAGGUAUUCACGUUUCACGAGUCAAUACUUGGCAGAUCCACUCCUGGCAAUUUUUGUACCUAUUUCCGUAGGCAGAUUUUCUCCAUGUUCAUUAAAAGCAGAUUAAAAAUUAAAAAUAGUUUUAUUUAUCACACAAUAUGUUUUGGGCUCCAUAGUGCCCUUUUCAGAUAUGAUGCAACAAGUGUUUACAGUUAAAGUUUAAUAGUCCAAAAGAUUUAUUAAAUAUGCUAAUCUUUUAUUAUUAAUACAAGUGGGUACUACCUAGGCAACUUUGGGUAGGAAGAAUACAUCAACAUUACAGAUACAGAUUAGCCUAAGGAUAUUAGAUUUCUGUCAACUUUAGCACAAGUGAUGCAAGUGUAAUUGAUUUUCACAGAACAGUGUGGCAGCUAAUUUUAUAUAAUUUGCUUUGGGGUACUCUGGGCAGAACAGGGAAGAGAAAUGCCCUUACUCUAAAAACAACCUUAUAUUAGAUUUUGUUAUUUGUACAAGAUAUGCUUAUGCAUUUCAAUUUCCUAAUGCCCCAGAUUGUUAGCUGGAUUGAAAUCAAGGCUAUAACUAGGCCAUUGCAUGCAUUCAUCUUUUUGUUUUGAGCCACUCCAUUGUUACUUUGGUUUUCUGCUUGUAAUGGCUCUCAUGCUGAAAAAUUAGACAAAAUCCUAAAAUAUCUAUGUAUUAUGGCUCUUGUUUCCUGGACUGGAACAUGCUAGCGGGAAUCCAUUGUAAUCACUCCAUCGUUGUGGAAAGGACAUGCAAGUGAAUAAAGGACUU